AUGCCAUACCUCUCAACGACGGACAACGUAACGACCAUCAACUAUACUCUGGAUUGGCCUCAUCUCGAGAACCCCAGCAAUACCACCUUUGCCGGACAAACACAAAUCGACAUUUGUCGCUGUCCCAGACCCGAUCUCCCCUCGCAAGACGGCAGAGAGCCGGGCCACAUCUACACUCGAAGCAAAUGCGUCGGCCCCAAAGUCCGCUUCAGAACGAGAAAAGAAGAGCUAUGGGUGCUCCAAUCCGCCCAUGGACCAGUCAACAUGUUGCGACCGGCAACAAAAGAAGAAAAGGAGCGCCGCAACCAAGUCCAUGAAGAUGCCGAGCUGACAGUAUACGAACGCCGAAACUUCCUUUUCCUAACAGGCCCGUGUCCGCGCGGACGAUAUCAAGCGUUUGCGACUCAAAAAUGGUUAGAAAGCAUCGGUCCGUCUGCUCGCCAACAUGUUACAAGUCUAUCUCUUCUCGUGCAACCCUACGAAGAAGACUGUUCAGCACAGGCUACCCAAAGAGCAUUUGCCGAGCUAGCCAAUUACAUUCUGGAGCACUUGACCGGAUUCAAGACACUGUGUCUCAACAUAUGGGACGAUGAGAUGAGCCUCUGGGGUGCGGCGAGCGAGUUCAGUAUCCUUCUACACAGAGAUGAUGUAAAGAUCGUAGUCGGGUGUAUUUUGUGGAGUGGUCAGACAAGAGAAUACAGCAAUGCUAGAGCAUUC